CAAGAAUGCCGGAAUCUCAGAACAUGAACGCAAGCCGUCGAUUAUUCACUGAACUGGCUUUCUGCUAUCCUUCAUUUUUGGUCCCCCAUCUGAGUGACGGAAGUCGGGAGUGCCUCACAUGCAUCUUUAUGGGCAUGUUAUUGAUACUUAUGUUUAUUUGGGGCCUGACAAAAAUAUUUGCUCCCCUCAUUAAUGAACCCAACUGCGUUUUUUACAAUCAGAAUGAUGGUGGUCAACUUCUAAAAGCUCUAUAUGAGCGUCGAGGCCAUUUCAAGAUUAUAUUCGGAUAAGUCUCGAUUAGUCCGGAUCCUGGGACCAACAACAUCCAAGCCCAAGGGAUGAGGAAACUCAUUCUGCCGCAGUCUUUUGCUUUAUGUUAUCCCGUGAUAACUAGAAAUGUUGAAGUGAUAUAUCUAUAUCUUUGGGCAUAAGGUCAGGGUCGUCAGAUAUUCAGCCUUUUCUGGUUGUUCAGAUGUUUCUCUUUUCUUUUCUUUCUUUUUCUUCUUUUGCUUCUACUGUCGAUGUGAUACCAUUCUCACGACCUCCCACGGACGCACGGUGUUCCGGCGCUCCUGAGAUUUUCUUUAUUUUGGUCCGAUCCUCUACGCACCGAUGGAUGUAUCAAAGGUAUCCCAGAAUAUCUUCAUCUCAUUAUGUGAUAUCGAUGAACCCGUCCUUGUCGU